AUCUUCAUCACGGGUCCGGUUCCUCAUCCUCAUCUUCAUCUGCUCUGGAUUACUGCAUCGGGACCUGGGGACGCUCUGCGGGGAAGCAGUCAGAGAACCCGAGAGCCAAUCAGAGCAGCAGGGGGCCAGUGCGGCUCCGCCCCUCGACAACCAGCUUCCUCCUGCCGCCGCCCACAGCACACCUGUGAGGAAAGAGCAGGGCGGUGGAGUCGAUCAGCAGCCGACUGAGGACGACGGUACGUCUCACUGGUCCUCCUCCAGUAAACUGACCCGAUCUCCAGUCAAAAUCAGCCGGAAACCCAAGAGCAUGCAGUGCAAGGUGGCGCUGCUGGAUGGGUGCGACUACAACUGCGUGGUGGAGAAGCGUGAUAAAGGUCAGGUUCUGUUCGACAAAGUCUGCGAGCAUCUCAAUCUUCUGGAGAAAGAUUACUUCGGUAUCACAGUCCGUGAUGUGGAGAAUCAGAAGAACUGGCUGGAUCCUGCCAAAGACAUGAAGAAGCAGAUCAGAGGCGUCACCUGGAAUUUCUCAUUCAACGUGAAGUUUUACCCUCCGGAGCCGGCGCUGCUGUCUGAAGACAUCACCAGAUAUUACCUGUGUUUACAGCUGCGGGAUGAUAUCGUAUCGGGUCGUUUGCCGUGUUCGUUCGCCACACACACGGUUCUGGGUUCGUAUACGGUUCAGUCGGAGCUGGGCGAUUAUGACCCGGAUGAGUACGGUUCCGAUUACAUCAGCGAGUUUCGUUUCGCGCCUCUUCAGACCAAAGAGAUGGAGGAGAAAAUCAUGGACCUGCACAAGAACUACAAAGGAAUGACGCCGGCCGAAGCUGAGAUGCAUUUUCUGGAAAAUGUAAAGAAACUGUCUAUGUAUGGAGUCGACCUUCAUCAUGCAAAGUUGAUAGGACGAUUCUUUCACUGCUUUUCUCCAGCUAAAGGAGAGGAUUCAGAGGGGGUGGAGAUCAUGUUGGGCGUGUGUUCCUCCGGGCUCCUCAUCUACCGCGACAGACUUCGCAUCAACCGCUUCGCCUGGCCCAAAGUCCUCAAGAUCUCCUACAAACGCAAUAACUUCUACGUCAAGAUCCGUCCAGGCGAGUUUGAGCAGUUUGAAAGCACGAUAGGCUUUAAACUACCCAACCACAGAGCGGCCAAGAGGCUGUGGAAGGUUUGUGUGGAGCAUCACACGUUCUUCAGGUUGGUUUCUCCAGAGACUCCGCCUAAGAAGUUCCUCACACUGGGUUCUAAGUUCCGCUACAGCGGCAGAACUCAGGCUCAGACCAGACGGGCCAGUUCCCAGAUUGUCCGUCCGGCGCCGUACUUCGAGCGUUCGACCAGCAAGCGCUACACGAUGUCACGGAGUCUGGAUGGAGAAGAAAAGAAAGCCAAACAGGAUAAACAUCUGAGACUUGAAUAA